CAACGGUCACGUGACCACAUUAGCUUGGGUUUACAGGUUGAAGAGAAACGGAGUUGUACGCUUGCUUUCGAUAAUAAGGUGUUGUGGAAUUAUUUCUGCGAGUAUUUAGAAAAUAGUGACUGAAAAAAUUAUUCAAAAUGUCCACAAAAUCUAAAAAGACUGUUACGUCGUCUUCUAACAUAAGUGUUGUGUCGUCAGUGCAAAGCCCACCACAAUCAAGCACUCCUGUUGGUAGCCGCCCUUCUAGUUCUGCCGGCCGGCCGAAUAGCCCCUUAAGUCCAACGAGGCACAGUCGUUUACAAGAAAAGGAGCAUUUACAAAACCUCAAUGACCGUCUUGCAGCCUAUAUCGAUAAAGUACGCCAACUCGAAAGCGAAAAUUCGGGCCUGCGUCGUGAAAUACAAACGACACAGGAGGUCGUCACACGCGAGGUUUCCAAUAUAAAGGGAAUGUAUGAGCAUGAAUUACAAGAUGCUAGAAAACUGUUAGAUGAUACGUCCCGUGAGAAGGCCAAGUUGGAAAUCGAUCUGAAGAGAUUGUAUGAAGAAAAUGAUGAUCUGAAGAAACGCUUGGACAAAAAAACAAAAGACUGGCAACAAGCAGACAAUUUGGCACGUCACUACGAAGCACGUUUCACGGAAGAAAGCAACAAAUACAACACUGCCCUUGCUGAUAAAAAGAAGGCUCAAGAUGAAGCUAGAGACCUGGCCAAGGAGUUGGAGAAAUUGCGUAAAGUUUACGCCGACACGCGUAAGACCCUUGAAGAAGAAAUGCUUUGCCGCAUCGACAUGGAAAACACAGUGCAAAGUCUGCGGGAGGAGCUAUCUUUCAAGGACCAGGUGUUCCAACAAGAGUUACAAGAGACUCGUACACGUAGACAGGUCGAGAUUUCUGAAAUCGAUGGUCGUCUUGCCCAGCAAUACGAAGCUAAGUUGCAGCAGAGCCUGCAAGAGUUGCGCGAACAACAGGAGGCCAAUAUCAAGGCUAACCGGGAUGAAAUAGAAGCUCUCUAUGAAAAUAAGCAGUUGAAGAACUUGCAAGCGGCUUCGAACCGCAACAGCAAUGCGGCGACCGUGGCGGUGGAGGAGCUGCGCACCAUGCGCACGCGCAUCGACAGCCUCAACUCGACGCUCAACGAUCUGGAGAACAAGAAUGCCGCACUCAGCAACCGGUGCCGUGAACUGGAACGUCAACUGGAGUCAGAGCGGGCCCGUCACGCAGAGGACUUGGCGUCUCUCGAGCAGGAGCUGGCGCGCUUGCGCGACGAGAUGGCGGCGCAGCUGCGGGAGUACGCCACGCUCAUGGACAUCAAGAUAUCGCUCGACCACGAGAUCGCCACGUACCGCGCGCUUAUCGAGGGCGAGGAGGAUAGGUUGAACCUCACCUCGCAAUCGCCCGGGCGCGAGUCCCGCGCGUCCAUGAGCGGCGCGAGCGUGAGCGGCAGCGGGCGCGUGACGCCGGGCCGCCGCGCCACGCCGCUGCGCGCGGCGCGCAAGCGCACGCUGCUCGACGAGAGCGAGGAGCGCAGCCUGCAGGACUUCAGCGUCACCUCCAGCGCCAAGGGCGACCUGGAGAUCGCCGAGGCGUGCCCCGACGGCAGCUUUGUGAAGAUCCGGAAUAAGGGCAAGAAGGAGCAAAGCCUCGGCGGUUACCAGCUGAUACGCAAGGCGGGCGAACAAGAGACGCUGUUCAAGUUCCACCGCACGGUGAAGCUGGAGCCGGGCGCGGUGGCGACGGUGUGGUCGGCGGACGCGGGCGCGGACCACGACCCGCCCAGGGACAUCGUGAUGAAGGGCCAGAAGUGGUUCGUCGCGGACACCUUCACCACGGCGCUGCUCAAUACGGACCAGGAGGAGGUGGCGGUGUCUGAGCGACAGCGGCGGCAGGUGAGCACGAGCGCGCAGAGACAUCGCGAGCUCGCACACAAGUUCCCGCGUCGUGAAGGGCUUGGCGAAAUACGUGAGGGCGAAGAGAAUUGCCGUAUCAUGUAACCCCUAGUAGAUAAAACGGUUGUAUCCAAUGAUCGUGAUCGAUUUAUAACGGUGCCUCACCAUUCUCUUAUCAGGGUUUGCCAGCUAGGCUUUCCCAGUUAUUACAGAUUUAUUUCUAAAGAAACACCAAAGUGGCACGAUAGAUGGCUUUCAAUCAAGCCGUUCCAAUAAAGAAACAAUAAAAUGUAAACAUUUUGAGUUUAAAGUUAUGUGAUGGAGUAACGCCUCAUAUUUGGUAUUUUGUUUGGAAUAAAUCUUUCCUCUAAAGAACACUUCCGUUCUUUCACAUCUUCAAUGAAAUGUUUUUAUAGUGCAUUUAAUUUUUUCCUUAUUGGAACGGCUUUAAGUUUCAAUCGGUGAAAAUAUUUAAUUAGUGUCUCUCUAUUACGGUUUUUACGAACUUCAAGUUCGAAUUUGAGUUCAAUUGUUAUUAUCCUUCGCUCAAUUUUGAUUUUGGCCAUUCAUGUUCCGCCUAUCGUGCCAUUUACGCCUUUCCGCAUCGGUCCUAUGAGACCAUUUUUUAUUAUAUUAUACAUCACUUAAGAUUUAGUAUUCAUCUUUUCCAAUAUUUCGAAACAUGAAGCCACUUGAUGCCUUUGUUGGCUUUACUGUGUAAGCUCAGUGAACAAAGUACAAAGAUUAUUGGUUCACUUUGUGUUGGUAAGUGUAGAAAUAUAUAUAUUUUAUUAAUUAUUUAACGUUAAGACCCCCACCCAUAAACAUUUGCGCUAGACAAUGAAUCAUGUCAGUUGUUUGAGAAGAUAGCCAUUGAAUAUUAAGCAGCAAUCUGUAGAUAAAAUCUACAAAAUAUCAUGAUAGUUAGUAGCUAUUGACUAGAAUACUAGCAUCAUUAGUUCGUAAGUUUAAGUUGACCACACUGCAUUGGUUGUCAAUUUAGAAUAAGAUACAUUUUCAUAAUUAUAAUUAAAUGCUAUUUUUUAUAACAAACACAGGUGCAAGUCUCAAAUUGUAUGAAGCAUUUAUGACAUUAUACAAAUGGGAUGUUUUCAUGUAAUUUGGUUUUCUAAAUUAAUUCAUGUAGUACUAUACUAGACUUUAUUUAAGAAAAUGUACUUUCAAAUUUAGGUGAAGAGGAAA